CUUGAACACUGCGGCACUUGAACACUGCGGCACUAGAACACUGCGGCGCUUGAACACUGCGGCGCUUGAAGACUACAGCGCUUGAAGACUACAGCGCUUGAAGACUACAGCACUUGAAGACUGCAGCACUUGAAGACUGCAGCACUUGGACACUGCAGCACUUGAACACCUCAACGCUACAACACCUCAACACUACAACACCUCGACACUUCAACACUUCAUCACUUCAACACCUCAACACCUCAACACUGCAACACUGCAACACCUCAACACUACAACACUUCAACACUGCAACACCUCAACAUUGCGCAAACGCUCCAAUCACGGUCGCAAACGCUCCAAUCACGGUCGCAGGUCCCACGCGAAGCUGCACACGAACAACGCUCGCCUACGCCACCGCACCCCCAACCACACCCCACCGUCGCAAUGGCCCUCCCAUCCAUAGCCCUACCAGGCCAGCUCCUCGGCACAGCAGACAAAUACCUCCCCGGCCCCGGGACACACAUCCACUCGUCCUCCAUCUACGCCUCGAUCGGCGGCCCCGUCACCACAUCCCCUACGCCCAAAACCACAGCCGCAAAGCCCUCGCCGCUCCUCUCGAUACAAAGACCCUCCCCCUCGGCCUCCCCGGGCGUCCUCGGCACCGGCUCCGGCGGCGGCGGCACCAUCCUGCCCCAAGUCAACAGCGUCGUUCUCGCGCUCAUCACGCGCCUGGGCCCGCGCUUCGCCACCUGCGAGAUCCUCGUCAUCGACUCGAUCGUCUGCCGCGAGUCGUUCCAGGGCCAGAUCCGCCGCGAGGACAUACGCGCCACCGAAAAGGACAAGAUUGUGAUGCAGGACAGUUUCCGCGUCGGCGACCUUGUCCGCGGCACCGUGAUUAGUCUGGGUGAUCAGAGCAAUUACUAUGUCUCGACCAGCGAGAAUGAGUUUGGUGUUGUUGUGGCGAGGAGCGAGGAGGGGCGGCUCAUGUACCCGGUCAGUUGGAGGGAGUUUCGUGAUCCGGUUAGUGGGAAGCAUGAGAGCAGGAAGGCUGCUAAGCCGUUCUGAUGCCGUGCUUGAUGGAAGGGGACGCGAGGGGACGGGGGGUGCGAGGAUAUACCCAGAAGUAUCGAGUCACGAGUAUCGAAUCACGAGUGUCGAAUCACGAGUAUUGAAUCACCAGUAUUGAGUCACGAGUAUCGAAUCACGAGUAUUGAAUCACCAGUAUCGAAUCACCAGUAUCGAAUAACGAGUAUCAAAUCACCAGUAUCGAAUCAUGAGUAUCGAAUCAUGAGUAUUGA